AUGGAAUCUGGGUUUGAACUUUGUUUCCCGGAGUCAGAGGUCUAUGCUGCACGGGGGGAUGCUCAUAAUCGAUUUAUGAAAGCGCAUUUUACCAACAGGGGUCACAUUACUUGCAAUGACUUAGAAAAUGCAUUCCUAAAGUCCGAAAGAGGAAGCGAGGACUCGUUCAAAUUGGGACUGCUGUAUUUUGUGGAGUUUGUGAUAAUGGAUUCUCUGUUGUUUGCUCCCGGGAAGAAAGAGAGUGAUGAAGUGAAUGAUGGGAAGGGAAAAGGACAUAAAAAAGGCAGAAACGCGCCUGUUAUACUGCGCCUCUUACGACCAAGUCAAUUGGAGAUGAGCCAACCAUAUUUGAGUUGGGGAUCAGAUGUUCCUGAAUGUGAUGCACCUAUUGUAGCUCCGCGAGUAUGUAAGGACCUUGAUGAGUUAAACUCUGUUGUGCAGCAGUUGAGGAAUGAGGUUGCAAUAUUGCACCGUGAGAAAGGGUCAGCUAGAGGAGAGAGUUUUACACUUGGAAAAGUGUACCAGUCAUGCAGACGCGAGGAAGAAUGGGGAUGCUGGAGAGAGAUGAAUAAGACUGAGGAUGCUGGAGAGGAGAGGAAUAAGACUGAGGAUGAUGGAGAGGAGAGUCAGAAGACUGAGGAUGCUGGAGAGGAGAGUGAUAAAAUUGAGGAUGGUAGAGUAGCCGAAUUUAAAGAGCAGUGUGUACAAAAGUGCUAA